AUGGCCGCAACCUAUAUCCCAUCAUCCCCAACUCAAUCCAUAUGUCUCUCCAGUGAUAGUGAAGAUGAAUGUCCACAAAGAGAGUAUAAAAACCAAAAUAACCAUCGUAAGUCAGUUCAGUUUUCAAGCCACCUAGUGGUGGUUCACGAAACCUGGUGCAAUGAUGAAUAUGAUCGCACCUCCACCGAACCCGCACGCCUCUCCUAUCAGGAAUACUCCGAUCUUCUUCAGCUGCGCUGUGACUUGCAAAGGGAAACGGAUAAGAUGAUGAAAGCAGCAGCAGCAUUGCAAAAUGCAAAUGAUCAAGACAAUCACGCGAUGUAG